AUGGUGCUGAACCAAAGUCGCGGGUUUCGCUGCUGGGCGUCGGUGGGGAGCUCGGGCCAGGCCAUGCUGGCCGGCAUCCGCUGCAGCCUCGUGCUGGCUUCUUUUUUCUCCCUGCGAGGAUGCGCCCAGAAUUUCGGGCAGACGCGGUUUAUCUGCACCUCGGUGCCGGUGGAUAUGGACAUGUGCACCUCUUCCAUGCAGACCGGGGGCAGCGCGGAGGACCUGAAGACCACGGUGCUGCAGCUCCGGGAAACGGUGCUGCAGCAAAAGGAGACCAUCAUGAACCAAAAGGAGACCAUUAGGGAACUGACCACGAAGCUGGGCAGGUGUGAGAGCCAGAGCUUGCUGGAGACCGUCCCCGGUGAAUCCAAAACGGGUGGGGGCUCCAACAGGAAGCAGACCGGGUCUUCCAAAAACACCAUGGGAGAUCUCUCCCGGACUCCAGCCGCAGAGACCCUGAGCCAACUUGGGCAAACUUUGCAGUCACUUAAAACAAGGCUAGAAACGUUGGAGCAAUUCAGUAGGAUGAAUUCAUCAAGCCAGACCAAUUCCUUGAAGGAUAUACUUCAGAGUAACAUUGAUGAUUUAGAGAAGCAAGUGUUGUCCCGAAUUAACAGCUUGGAGGAAGGAAAGUACAACCCUAAGAACGAGACUGAAGAAAGAGGAAAAAUAGAAAGCACUUUAACUUCCCUUCACCAAAGGAUCAGUGACCUAGAGAAAGGUCAGAAAGAUAACAGGCCGACAGACAAGUUUCAGCUAACGUUCCCCUUGAGAACCAACUACAUGUAUGCCAAGGUGAAGAAAAGCCUGCCAGAGAUGUAUGCCUUCACUAUUUGCAUGUGGAUAAAAUCCAAUGCCUCCCCAGGUGUAGGUACACCCUUCUCUUAUGCGGUUCCAGGACAAGCCAAUGAGUUGGUGCUUAUUGAGUGGGGCAACAAUCCCAUGGAGAUCCUUAUCAAUGACAAGGUAGCAAAGCUCCCGUUUGUCAUUAAUGAUGGGAAAUGGCACCACAUCUGUAUUACAUGGACAACCCGGGAUGGUGUCUGGGAGGCUUAUCAAGAUGGUGCACUGCAAGGCAAUGGGGAAAACCUGGCCCCUUAUCACCCCAUCAAGCCUCAAGGGGUCCUUGUUCUGGGACAGGAACAGGACACCCUUGGUGGUGGGUUUGAUGCCACCCAGGCAUUUGUAGGAGAAUUGGCCCACUUCAACAUCUGGGAUCGAAAGCUCACUCCAGGGGAAAUCUACAACCUGGCUACUUGCAGCACUAAAGCCCUGUCUGGCAGCGUCAUAGCCUGGUCUGAGACCAACAUUGAUAUUUACGGAGGAGCCACCAAAUGGACAUUUGAAGCCUGUCGUCAGAUCAACUAAAAGUGCUGCUCCUUCCCCUCCCAUUCCAUUUAACCCUUGGUUAACAGACAUUCUCUCCACCCAGGAAUGAAUCAUGGACAAAUCCUA